AAAUUGACAAUUUACUCAAUUACUGGUAUGCAAUAAUGACCGGUUUCUACGAAGGCAGUCUUCAAGAUGGCAUUGCCCUCGCCCUGAGGGAAACAAAGGCCGUUGUUUGCUUCGUUCGAGACGACACGCAGACGAGCUCGACGUGGGAAGAAGAGUAUUUUGAUGGCGAAGAGAUUGCCCAAACACUUGACGCCGGAGCAGUUCUAUUACGUAUUACCGCCGGAUCUCAGGAGGCUGGCUUUUUAACGUCGCUAUGCCCCAUCGCCAAAUUUCCGACAGUUAUCGUUAUCAACAAUGGUACAUUAAAGGAGUACCUCGUGCCGGAUAUCUCAAAGGAUGCCUUUCAGAGCCGGCUUGGGGUAGCUGUGAAGGUUCAAAAGCCUUCAGAGCCUGUUCAACAAUCACAAAGUAGCGCUCAAGCUGUAGCCCCUGUCCCAAAUGUUACACCGAGACAAUAUCCAACAUACCCAACACCACAGGCCGCCCGUGUGGCUGCCGCUUCAAUCCAGCCGAACCCCCGUGAGGACAACAACAGUACAGGAGAAAGUGCGACAAAUAAUGCGAAGAAGACUGUACCAGCAAAGCCCCAGCCGUCAAAAGAGGAGCACAAGAAACCGAUCGCCAAACAAGAAAAGGUACCCUUAAAGUCGAAGCAGACUAUUCCCAGCAAGAAAGCCAUACCCUCUGGCGAAGAGCGCAAGCCACAGUCACCGGUGCCCCGUGGACCCCCCAGCCAAUACCGACUCCAAGUGCGAUUAUUCGAUGGAAGCUCUGUUCGGUCCAGCUUCUCACCCACACAGACGAUUCGCAGCGAUGUGCGUCCCUGGCUGGAUGGGCAAAUGGGCACUGAACAGCGCCCAUACAACCUUAAGCAUAUCUUGACUCCUCUUCCUAGUCGAACACUCUCCGUAUCUGAGGAAUCUCAGUCACUUCAGGACUUGGGGCUGGGAUCAACCGCUAACCUGGUCAUGGUUCCCGUUUCUUCCUAUACAGAUGCAUACUCAGCUGCAGGGUCAAGCUUGCCUGUUCGGGGCAUCUCGGCUGUCUACAACGCUGUUUCGUCUGUUGCAAGCACUGCCACAGGCCUCGUAGGCUCGUUCAUUGGAUAUGGACCGACCGCAUCAGCCGCAAAUGGGAGUGGAUCACCGCCUGCAUCUACAUCUGCAUCCUCGGAGAACACUCAACGACCACGCAAUUCGGGACUUAACAUUCGGACUCUAAGGGAUCAGCAGAAUGACCGGAAAGACAGUCAAUUCUACAAUGGAAAUCAAUUGAACUUUGAGCCACGGGAUAAGGAUAGGAAGGACAAUUGAUUAAAUUCGAUGGUU